AUGUCCAGGGUGCUCCAGUACCUCAACAAGAAGCAUAGCGGCGGCGGCGCGUUUGCGGCCGUGGAGGUUAAGGAGUUCGAGAAGGCCUUCUUCGAGAAGAUGACGAAGGAGGCGCUGUUCGACGUGAUCCUGGCGGCCAACUACCUCCAUGCGGAGAAGCUGCUGGACGCGGCGAUGGUGUGCGUCGCGGACAGGAUUAUGGGAAAGACGGUGCCGGAGCUUCGGGAGUACUUCGGCAUCGAGAUCGACUUCACCCCCGAGGAGGAGGAAGAGAUCAGGAAGGAGAACUCCUAG